AUGGGUGUGUUGAGGUCAGAAUUAAUGUCUCACGGGACAUUAGUUUUACCAAAUGACAGAGCUAGAGAAUUUAUUGAUAUCCUAGGUCGAGAAGUAAAUAUCCAGUUUGUUGAUAUGAAUGCUGUGACAAUGAAUCGUCAAUAUAGGAAAUAUAUACAGCGUAUUGAUGAGAUGGAGCGAAUUCUCCGAGUAUUAUUUACAGAAAUUGAGAAACUCCCAGAGGCAGUAGUCCAUAAGGGCAACUAUGAGGCCUUCCUUGAUCAUGAUCACUUGUACCAACUUGACAAGGUGGAGGAGUCACUACAAAGCUUAUAUGGACAAUUUAUUAAUUUCAGAGAUAAUAAUUCAAGUUUAAUACAACAGAAAAAUGCAGCAGUGGAAGAGUGCGCAGUAGCAAAAGCUGCAACUAUCUCAUUUGCUCCAUCCAGAUUUGUUGAAGACCAUGGAGAUUUCUUACUUAGUAAUGCAGUUGAACGAGGUGAUGGUGUUGGAUUAUCAAAACCAUUUAUGAAUAGUCAUUCAAAACAUGGAAGUAUAGGUGAUAUGAUGUUUAGUAAUAUAGCUGGUGUUGUUAGCCAAGAUGAUCAAGAAAGAUUUGCUAGAGCUCUGUUUAGGGCUACAAGGGGUAAUACAUUUACACAUUUUCAACAAAUAACUGAGGAUAUCCCGGAUUCUGCUACAGGAAAACUAAUACCAAAGGUUGUAUUUGUAGUAUACUUUCAAGGAGCUACAACAUCUGCAGUAUAUGAUAAGAUAAGUAGGAUUUGUGAUGCAUUUGGUGUUUGUAUAUAUCCAUGGCCAACUAGCUAUGAAUAUGCAAUUCAAAGAGUAGAUGAAUUGAAUAUACUUAUACAAGAUAAAGAGAAGGCACUACAGGCAUAUGAGCAAUAUAUAUGUGAUGAAAUUGAGACUUUGCUUCAGCCUGUAACUACAUAUGGCAACUCUUUAAUUGAAGAGUGGCGCUUAUUCUGUAUAAAGGAGAAAUCUAUUUAUGCUACUUUGAACUUGUUCGAGGGGUCAGAUAUCACUUUGAGAUCAGAUUGUUGGUAUCCCUUAGAAGAGGAAGAGAAGAUUAGGAGGAUUCUUAUAGCUGAGAGUAGUAAUCAACAUGUAGGUGCAUUUUUACUUUCUAGUGCCACCUCUAUAAGUGAUCAUGGAUUUCCUACUCAUCAUGGUGGGUCACAUGAUGGAGAGAGUACCUUAUUUAAUACACCUCCAACUUAUAUAAAGACCAAUGAAUUUACUGUAGCAUUUCAAGACUUCGUUAAUGCUUAUGGUGUUCCAAGAUAUCAGGAAGUUAACCCUGCACUUUUUACUAUUGUAUCCUUUCCAUUUUUAUUUGGUGUUAUGUAUGGUGAUGUUGGCCAUGGGUUUAUAGUAUUAUUAUUUGGUUUAUAUUUACUAUAUGACUAUCAACGUCUAAAGAAGGAAAAUAAUGAAAUCCUAAAUAUGCUUUUAAAUGGUCGCUAUAUGAUUACACUAAUGGGGUUUUUUGCAACUUACUGUGGUUUGUUAUACAAUGACUUCUUCUCUUUAGGACUGAAUUUAUUUGGAUCUAGGUUCAUUCAAUCUAAUCAAACAACUGUUGAUGGUAGCCAUAUUUAUAUUCCAAAUUCUUCACAAAAAACUUCAUAUCCAUAUCCCUUUGGGUUUGACCCUGCUUGGAAAGGUGCAUCUAAUGAGAUGGUUGUCAUGAAUAGUUUUAAAAUGAAGUUUUCUGUCAUUGUAGCAUUUGUACAAAUGUCUCUGGGGGUUAUUCUCAAAGGUAUUAAUUCUCUUCAUUUUGGCAAUUAUUUAGACUUUUUUUGUGAAUUCAUUCCUCAAAUCUUAUUUAUGACAGGUUUUGUUGGCUAUUUAAACUUCCUCAUAUUUUACAAGUGGUUAACUCCUGUUAUUGGAUACAAUAAACCAUCAAUUCUUAAUACUCUAAUUGGCCUCCAAGGUUCACUAUUUGGUGCAGAAAUCCAACCUCAGGACAUAUUCUACCCCAAUCAAGCUACUGUUCAAAAAGUUAUUACUCUUGUUCUUCUUAUUUCUAUUCCAUGGAUGUUCUUUCCUAAACCUAUUUAUCUUAUUUAUAAGGCUAGGAAACAAAAGAAGAUUGAAGCAGCUAAAAUCAAUUACUCUUCAAGAUCAAGUCAGAAUACAGUUUUAUCUGAUGUAUCUUCCCAUUCAGAGAGGAAAUUAUCACAUAUGAGAAGGCAAUCUAGUGACAGUAAAGCUGAUUAUGAAACUAUUGAAUAUAAUUCGGAACAUGACCCAACUGAAAUAUUUAUUCAUCAACUAAUCGAAACAGUGGAAUUCUUGAUAGGAUCUAUCUCAAAUACUGCUUCAUAUCUUCGUUUAUGGGCUCUUUCUUUAGCUCACAAUAUGUUGGCUCUCGUAUUCUUUGAAAACUCCCUAUUAGUGGCACUGCUUGCUAGUGGGCUUACUAAGAAAUCUAUACUCCUUUUUCUUACAUUUAUUGGUUUUGCAAGUGCCACUUUCGGCGUUAUGAUUUGCAUGGACUCCUUAGAAUGCUUUCUUCAUGGACUCCGUUUACAAUGGGUGGAAUUUCAAAAUAAAUUCUUCAAGGGAGAUGGGAUUCUCUUUGCUCCAUUUAACCACCUUAGGAUUAUCCUUGCUACUGAGGAGGCACUAAAUAAUCCCUAA